GGAGGGGGGCGCUAUAGAAGGGUGGGCAUGUUUUGAUCGCGGUCGAUCGAUUUUCGGAGUAUUUUGAAAGCGAGCGAGAGAGGUGGGAGAAAUGGAGAGGGCGAAGAAGUCUUCGGCUUCUUCUCGCGCGGGGUUGGUGCUUCCAUGGGUCGCCUUUUUGCAGCUGGUGUUGAUGGCCGGCAGUGGAUUAGUCGGGGUCGAUGCUCUGCGCUUCGAGGUGCCCGCAGCUGCCACUAAGUGUAUUGCCGAGGAGAUUCAACCCAACGUUCUGGUUCUGGGUGAUUACAGCGUUGUGUCUGCUGGCGAUGCCUCCCAUCGCAUCACCGUCAAGGUCACGUCUCCUUACGGACAGCAGUUGUAUUUUCAAGAAAAUGUCCAAGUUGGGCAAUUUGGAUUCACCACCAAGGAAGGCGGUAAUUUCAUGGCUUGUUUCUGGAUGCAAAACGCUCCCCAGACGUUGACGAUCAGUUUGGACCUCGAUUGGAAGACGGGAGUUGCAGCGAAAGAUUGGGAAGAUAUUGCUAAGAAAGACAAGCUGGAUGGUAUGGAGGUUGAGCUGCGGAAGCUUGAGGAGGCAGUGGAAUCCAUCCACGCCGAAAUGCUCUAUCUCAGAGACAGGGAGAAGGAAAUGAGAAACAUCAAUGAGGUCACCAACGCAAGAGUGGCCUGGUUCAGUAUAAUGUCUCUCUUCAUUUGCUUAAGUGUGGCGGGUUGGCAGUUAUGGCAUCUGAAGUCAUUCUUUGAGAGGAAAAAGCUUCUUUAGGUCAGGAAGAAAUUUCUAGUUUUUCAAUGCGUUUAGCCUGUCACGGCCAGGCCACCUUAAUUGUCAUGUAGGAACCUGUUGGGCAUUUUUUUCUAAUUGCUCAUCGGGAAGAAACACUUUUCAAUCCUUUGAGCCCUGUGAAUAUGAGUAGAAUGGACGAUACGAAGCGAAGGUGUUAUUGAGAAUCUGGCAACUCAUGAAAAAGGUAUUCGCUGCUAGUUCCUGGAAAGGUGACCAUGGCAGAUCAAAUUACGGUUACACUAGGACGGGAGCUCCAAAGGACUCACCAAUGGCUGCAAUAAAAAAAAUUGAGUGAAAAUCGCCUGCUCGCUUCAUUCAGCUUGCGAUGUGAAGUUUUGUAACAUGUAGUAAAGGGCCAAUGAUCCUCG